UGUAUAUAAAAGGAAGUAGUUGAAAGGAAAAUUAAUUCAUUCGAAUAAUUCAAUUUGAAACAAGUAAAAUGAUAAAAACCGUGAUCCUCGUCUUGGCCCUAGUAGCCAUUGCUGCUUGCUCUCUGGACGUCAUUCCCCACUACAGCCACCACGGCCAUGGCCACGGAAUCAGCAGCAGAUAUUUCAAAAAAGCACAGGGACACGGAUAUGGACUCGGAUAUGACGGCUAUGGUCUCGGAUAUGGUGGAUAUGGCCUUGGAUACGGUGGUUAUGGAUAUGGUGGUCUUGGAUAUGGUGGUCUCGGAUAUGGGGGUUAUGGAUAUGGUGGUCUCGGAUAUGGAGGCUAUGGAUAUUUCUAAAUGACAAAAUACAGAACCAACUAAGCAAUGUUGUUUUCCAUUGGUUAAGGAAACGGAACAAUACAAUUCAAUCUUGAUGUGAAAGGGUUGC